AUGAGCGUGCCACGACCAAAACCAUGGGAAGGCGCCUCUGGCUCUUCCGCAGCCACCGCGACACCGGCGGCAACAGCCACCCCGGCCUCCACAGACGCCGUGUCGUCUUCAGCCGGCAGCGCAACUGGAGCCCCCGAACUGCCGUCUAGACCCUCGGCCAUGGGCUCUACCUCCAACGCCCUGAGCUCGCCUAUGGGCUCUAGCAUGAACUCGGGCUACGGAGGCAUGAACUCGGGCUAUGGCGGCAUGGGCUCGUCUUAUGGCUCCGGCUACGGAUCAUCAUACGGCAUGGGUUCGUCGUAUGGCUCCGGCUACGGCUCGGGACUCGGUGGAUACGGAUCUUACGGAGGAAUGGGCGGCAUGGGAGGCAUGUACGGCUCUCGAUAUGGAGGCUACGGCUCGUACGGAGGCAUGGGGGGAUACGGAGGAUACGGAGGUAUGGGUGGCGGACCCAUGGGUCAGAACGGUCUGGCAGGAGGUACCCAGGCCACAUUCCAGCUGAUCGAAAGCAUCGUUGGAGCCGUGGGUGGAUUCGCGCAGAUGCUCGAGUCCACCUACAUGGCGACCCAGUCGUCCUUCUUCGCCAUGGUCUCUGUUGCAGAGCAGUUUGGCAACCUGAAAAACACCCUCGGCUCGCUGCUCGGCAUCUACGCCAUCAUGCGGUGGGCCCGCCGGCUGGUGGCAAAGCUGUCUGGCCAGCCUGUCACCGGUGCGAACGGCAUCACUCCUGCCGGUUUCGCCAAGUUCGAGGCUACUGGCGGAGCGGCGGGUCCCGGAAGAGGUCCCCGGCCCUCGUACAAGCCGUUGCUCUUCUUCCUGACGGCCGUUUUUGGUCUGCCUUACCUGCUGGGUCGGCUGAUCAAGGCGCUGGCCGCCAAGCAGGAGGGCAUGUACGAUGAGCAUGGCAACCUGCUGCCUGGUGCCCAGAUGGGAAUGGGCGGCCCUGGUAUGGAGGGUGGCGCCGAAAUCGACCCUUCCAAGCUGGAGUUCUGCCGGGCCAACUUUGACUUUGUGCCCGAGAACCCUCAGCUGGAGCUCGAGCUGCGAAAGGGCGACCUGGUGGCGGUUCUCGCAAAGACAGACCCCAUGGGCAACCCCUCGCAAUGGUGGCGAGUGCGAACUCGGGACGGCCGAAGCGGAUACGUGCCGGCCAACUACCUCGAAGUGAUUCCUCGGCCUGCGGUUGAGGCUCCCAAGAAGGUGGAGGAGAUUGGCGCCAGUGCCGUUCCCGUUAAUUAG